AUGCACCCAUACUCGCGCCCCUCGCCGCGGACAGCCUCGCCUGCCAGCAACCUCCAGACCAACCCCACACGAACCAACAACCAGCGGCAUAACAGCCAGGACAUGACGGCAUACUCGACUACGCCGCCCUACAGCGACCGCGGUGCUGAAGAGUCGGAAGGCGAAAUGAUGUCGAGGGGAGAGCCCGCCUCCGAGUCGAGGGGGCAAUACCACAAGGUCAACCAAGUCAUCCAGAACUUCUUCACCAAAUCAGCCCUCGCCAUCGUAUCUUCUCGCGUAACUCUCCCCCCAGCAUACAACAAGGAUGGCAAGAUGAAGCACAACAAAUGGUUCAAUGUCGUCCUCCCCGAUAGCGAUGUGCUCCAGCGCCAACUUACCGAAUGGAAACUCAUGGAUGCCGUAAACGGCCAGCAUCCGUCGCUAUGCAUCGACAUCUACCUGGACAUACAAGGCCUCGGCCACAACCAGUCGCUCGUCAUACACGAUGAUGAUGGAAAGAAGUGGGACGUCGCUGCGGCUCUCAGCUCUGCAGAUGCGACCUCCCGAUCGUCAGGCCGCACCGGCAAAUCCACACAGGUUGUGCUCGAGCGUUGGAGGGUACACGUCGGAGACAAGAGCUUGGUGCAGCCUUCAGAGCUGAGCGAACCGCUUCCCAACGUGUACAAGAAGGCCGUCGUCACUUUCCGGUCGCUGUUCGCUUACCUGCGCUUCAUGCCUGCGUUCAGAUACAACAAGGUGCUCGCCAAGCAACCCGCAAAUUCACCUUCACUGAAGCUCAACUACCGCGUUUCAAAUGGGGAUUUCAAGAGCCCCAAUGUCGAUACCCUGAAUCUGCCGCUCUACCCAACCGACCCAAACGAAAGGAUCACAGACAUAAACGACAUCGAGCCCACCAACUCGCCUGUAGGCCCUCUGAGUGUGACAGUCGAGUACCGCACCAACUGCGAGUUCAGCGUAGAAGACUCAGAGUCUCUUCUGAGUUCGCAGUUCAAGGGCUUGGACGACACCUACUUCGAGCAAAAGACACGCCAACUACCUGGAUCACUUCCUGUAAACAAGAUGAAUGCGCAAGAGAGCCCCGAUGUUGGACAAGCAUACGGCAGCCUUUCAACGUUCCAUCAAGUUGGUCCGCCAACAGGAACAAGCCCCAUCUCAGCUCUUCGCGCAGCACGGGAUAUGCCGUCAUCAUCACCCAUGGAGUCACCACCACAGAAGCUGCCACCCAACCAUCGCACCGCCCAAGGCUCCAAGUCAUCUCUACGCUCCGUGGAUACGCCAUCAUACCAGCGACGAACCUCCGUCUCUUUCCAACCCUUCAAGGCUGGCUCACUCUCAUCCUCGCCAGCCCUCGGUGUGCCUCCAUCUCCCACCAGCUCAGUAGGAAGACCCGGCAGCUCCCUUGGUCGGACCGCCACCCCCAACCCACUCACUCAACCGCGUAACCGAACGUCACUGACUGCCCUCCCUCAAACGGCGCUUCGGACACCUUCAUUACCCAACGACAAUGUCAUCACUUCUUCUGCAUCAAGCUCGCCAAAACCUGCGCCCAUCAGUCGCUACAGCAGUAGCUUCGGUCAUAGGAGAAGCAAGUUUUCAACAGGGGGCGGCAGCAAAACAGAGGAUGACAACCUCAGUAGUGGGAAGGGAAGCCUCUCCUCGUCAGCGCAACGCGGGUCUGACACCAUGAAUGAGGGCACAGGCGGCAGUUCAGGCGAAGUGAAGACGGACGAUGAGAAUAUUUCCGACUUCCUCAAGCUUCUCGAGUCGAAGAAGGAUCUCAAAAGCUUCACACGGAGCGACAAAUCAGCCAAGGCAGCCACUAUGCACAAGACUACAGCUCAGCUGUCCAAGUAUCAGCGCAUGCGCGAGUCACAUACAGGCCUUGCUGAAUCGGUUUCUUCUUCCACCAUGCUUCAUCGCACACCAUCAUCCUCCAGCCGCCAUUUAUCUAGUGUCCCCGCGAUGAUUGCCGGCACGUCAGUAUCGACAGCGUCCUCACCUGGCAAGCCAAUCUCACCCCAUACUCCGCAUACACCAGCCAUCCCGUCCCGUCUCAGCGCAAAUAGUAUCGCGGACUACGACCAACCUACACGCAGUCGAAGCCGCCCUGGUCGGAGGACGCGCGAGCACGAUGUAGUCAACGUCGAAGAGCAAAGCGAGAGCGAGGAUCAAAACAUGAACGCCAUUGCCAUUCCAACUUCACCACGGCCGUGGCACUACACCCGCCGAUCAAGUUCCGUCUCCCAGCAAAAUAGGACAUUACCUGACGACGAGCCCGACGUGUUCGGCGUCCGAUCGGCCAGUCUACCAUCGGAGGAGGUUGAUCGCGCUAACGAUCUGCAUCGUCUGACCAGCGCAGGUCUUACGUCUAGUGGACUAUUCGCGCAAACGGAGCUACUAGCUAGUGGCAAUCGCGAUAGCCAGACUGCUGAUAACGAUUCUCGCGAUGACUUGCCCCGGCCGUCGUCCACUUCCAACAUGGCCAAACGCGGCACCCAGGCUGGUGCACGUGGUCGAGGCGGAUUCUUCUCGCAUAGCUCUUCUACCAGCCUCAGCACUGGUGGUACGAGCUCGACUGAACGUCAAAGUCGCUACAACUUUAACAGCCGCGCUGCAACAAAUGUCGACGACGACGAACCUCUGCUUUUUCAGAUGAGCGAGAUUGGUGCCGGGGGCUCCCGACGCAGUCUCGAGGAAGCACGAGGCGGCACCAGUACAAGCAGCGGCGGGAAACGUGGAUCGUACUUCCGCUGA